AUGAAGGGUCAGAUUUCUGCCCUGACGGUGAUGUUCCAGCCGCCCUUGGCGUCUAAUGCUCUGGUCCGCACUUUUGUUCAGGGGGUUAUGCGUAUUGCGCCCCCUGUCCAUUCGCCUUUGGCUCCGUGGGAUCUCAACCUGGUGCUUUCGGUGCCUCAGGACUCUCCCUUUGAGCCUCUUCACGAGCUUCCGCUUCUGUCCUUGUCCCAAAAGGUGGCCUUUUUGGUGGCCAUUACCUCCGUUGGGAGGGUGUCUGAGUUGGCUGCCUUGCAGGUCGCCGUUUCUGGCCUGAUCCUGGACAAAAUAGUGAAAGAGACCAACCCAAAUAUAGUACUGGAACUGGGAACAUACUGUGGAUACUCAACAGUCCGAAUAGCACGACUCUUAAAGCCUGGAAUUCGCCUCCUCACUGUGGAGUUUAACCCCGCAUAUGCUGCUGUAGCCAAACAGAUCAUUGAAUUUGCUGGAUUUAAAGACAAGGUCCAGAUAUUGGAAGGUAACACGCAUGAUAUUAUCCCCCAGCUGAAGAAGAAAUAUGAAGUGGACACUUUGGAUUUUGUUUUUGUGGAUCACUGGAAAGAAAAAUAUUUACCAGAUAUCCAACUUCUGGAGAAAUGCAGAUUGCUUAGAAAGGGCUCUGUCAUCCUCGCAGACAACGUCAUUUGUCCAGGGGCUCCAGACUUUUUGAAAUAUGUUCGUACUUGUGGCCACUAUGACUGUACAAACUAUCCAUCGUUCUUGGAGUAUAUGAAUGAGAAAGAUGCACUAGAAAAGGCUGUGUUUAGAGGAUAGAUGUUGUUAUGAUUAUAAAUAUGUCUGAGAAGC